CAAGAAGGACAAUUCACAAAUGGGUACUUGACCCAAUUUCAUAUUCCAUCCAUAGUCCUAGAAAAAGAAAAAAAAAAAAAAAACAUAUGUUAUUGUUUUCGCAACCUUUGAUGUUGAUUACACAAUUAUGAGGUUCGCAUGCAAAUUAAUUAGUAUAAGGUUUGCAACCCAGUUUAAAAGGCUGGGUAACUGUAAGUGUGAGCCAAGUCAACUUGAAUGCACAAAUAAAAAUAAUACCAAAACCAUUUUUACAAACUUAGAAUCAUUCAAAUCUGAUAGUGACUUGCAUUGAUUUUCUUCAUUCGUUCCCUCCCAUUCAUAUUCCUAAUUUUUACUCUUAAUCUUCUUGUUCUUCUUCAACUCUGUCCAUCAAAUGGCUUUGCACAACGUGUUGAGUUUGGAAGUAUUCUUUCAUGUGGUGAUCCAUUCUGUAAUCUCCACCAUAUUAGUUGAGUCAGUUUUGUCUGCAGAUUCAAAAUAUGAAGCCUGCAUGCCUCAAAACUGCGGUACUGGUCCAAACAUAAGCUACCCAUUCUGGAUCCUUGACAAAAGUGAUGAUUUCUGCGGUGAAAAGGGAUUUGAUGUCGCUUGCGAGCGAAAUAAGCCCAUAUAUAAGACCUCUGGUGCCCAUUACCUCAUUUGAGGAUAUCUCUUAUGACAACCAGUCAUUUCACUUGGUUUUAGAUGUGGAGGUGCUUGACACCACUUGCUUUGCUCCCCAACAAAAUUUCUCUUUCGACCGGUCAUCCUUAACAUUCCAAUCCUCCAAUUCUGAUCUCCUGCUCUUCUACAACUGCUCGGUGGACAUUUCUAUUAGUUAUCCAAAACGUGUAGUUACAUGUGCUUUCGCUGCCAACCAAACAAUUCUGAUCUCCUUUGUCGCGUUGGUUCCUAGAGGAAAGCAUUAUGGUUUUAGCGCUCCGGUGCCCUGUGAGUCCUUAGUGUUUGCACCUGUUGAAUUAACUGAGGAAAAUUCAAGUGUGAUUGUGGAGACUCAAGACUAUGCGAAGUUGUUGACCCAAGGAUUUUCUUUGGAAUGGUCUGGACCGAGUUGUGCCAAUUGCAGAAGCAGCGGAGGCAAUUGCGGAUUGAACAGUUCAACUGUCGUGUGUUUCUGUCCUGAUGGGGCUCAUUCCAAACACUGCAAUGACGGAAAAAGCAAAUUGAAUUUGAUUCUAGGAACAGUCAUACCAGGAGGCGUUGUCCUUGUUCUUUCCUUGCUCAUACUUACUAUCGGGUGGCGCAAGAAGCGAAACAAUGUCUGUUAUGGGAUCUCGAAGAACAUUUCUUCUGACCUUGGAAGAGGUAGCAUCUACUUUGGGGUUGCUGUCUUCUCCUACACUGAACUUGAAGAAGCUACUAACAACUUUGAUGCUUCUAAAGAAUUGGGAGAUGGAGGCUUCGGCACCGUAUACCACGGAAUACUUCGAGAUGGGCGGGAAGUUGCAGUCAAGCGCCUAUAUGAGCACAACUACAAGAGAGUGACCCAAUUCAUGAACGAAGUUGAAAUCCUCACCCGUUUGCACCACCGGAAUCUUGUGGCUCUCUACGGUUGCACCUCUCACCAAAGCAAGGAACUCCUCCUCGUAUACGAGUUCAUCCCUAAUGGCACUGUCGCUGAUCACCUACAUGGUGACCGAGCAAAAGACGCCCUGCUCACAUGGCCUAUCCGAAUGAGCAUCGCCAUUGAAACAGCCGGAGCACUGGCAUACCUCCAUGCUUCUGACAUCAUCCACCGUGAUGUCAAGACUCACAACAUCCUCCUUGACGAAAACUUCUGUGUCAAAGUUGCGGAUUUUGGGCUUUCAAGGCUUUUCCCAACCAACGUCACUCAUGUCUCAACGGCUCCACAGGGGACCCCCGGUUAUGUGGAUCCCGAAUACCACCAAUGCUACCAACUUACCGAUAAAAGCGAUGUUUAUAGCUUCGGUGUUGUCCUCAUCGAGCUCAUAUCAUCAAUGCCGGCAGUUGACAUAAGUAGGCAUAGGCACGAGAUCAACUUGGCUAACUGGGCGAUCAACAGGAUCCAAAACCAUGCGUUCAAUGAGCUAAUAGACCCUUCUCUUGGGUUCCAAUCAGAUUCCUCGAUUGAGAGGAUGGCUCAAUCAGUGUCCGAGGUGGCAUUUCGGUGCUUGCAACUUGAGAAGGAAAUGAGGCCUACAAUGGAAGAGGUUUUGGAGGCUUUGAAGGAAAUUCAGGAGUACAAAGAGGAGAAAAGCGAAGGCGAGGCAACGGGUAAACGUCUGCAUCCUUCGCCUGAGAGCGAUCAUGUUGUGUUGUUGAAGAAUAGCAAGGUUCCGCCUUCACCGGAUUCUGUGACCGGUAAAUUCGUUAGUUGCUCAACCACAUCUUUUUCUAGUGGUUAAGGCUUUAUCUUCAUUCUGAUUUACUUUGAAAUUAGAUUUGCUAAGAAAGGGUGUGCCAUUGUUGUAGAUCAGUUAGUUGUUUUGAAGGUAUGUACCUAAGUACAUAUAGAGGUCUGGUUUGUAUACUUGUUGAUAUUGGGUAUUUGAAGUCAUUACUCAGUUGCCAGGGCAUUGGUUUUUUUUUUUUUUUGAUCUGUGAAAGUAAAUACUACUCCGUAUUAGAAGAG